AUAUAUUUUUGUAAUAUUUCAGAAUAUUUUGAAUGCUUGAUGUCGUCGAAACAAGGUUCUUCAGCGGGUGUUGGUAGUGGAGUAGAUCUUAAGGAUGCCGAUGACGUAAAAGAGUAUGUUGAAAAUUUGGGAAUAGAAUACAGGUUUGGCUGUUACCAGGAGAAGAAUCCCAAGUCCUGUCAUCUCCUCGGAGAUUACUGGGAGAGUAUUAAGAAAGAUUUCUCUAAGGCGUACAAGACAUACGAGCUAAACUGUACAGAUUAUAACUUUGGGCAUUCCUGUCAUAAGGCAGCUGGCUACCGAUGGUUUGGAAAAGCCUGUGAACAAGAUGGAGAUUUAGCAUUUUCAUUUUUCAAAAAGGGUUGUGAGCUAGAUUAUCAUUCAUCCUGUCUCUCCGCCGGCAUUCUAGAUACUGCCAAACCUUCAGAUAAGUUGUACCAUAGAGCCGAGCCUCCCAAUCCAAAACGGGGUUUAGAAUUUUUCAGGAAAUCUUGCGAGGAAGGGAAUCUUGCAGAGGGGUGUCAUCGCUAUGCUUCUUUUUUUAUUAAUGGGAUGAAGGACGUGUGCAAGAAAGAUUUGGAGCACGCCUUUAAAUACAGUUUAAUGGCCUGUGAACUGGGUAGCCUGGGGGGAUGUACAAACGUUAGUAUUAUGUACAAGUAAGUAAAUAUUAUGAAUAAUUAAG